AUGGUUCAACAGGGUUUCAUGGUUGAUUUCCUCAUGGGAGGUAUCUCGGCUGCUGUCUCGAAGACCGCCGCUGCUCCCAUCGAGCGUAUCAAGCUUCUCGUCCAGAAUCAGGAUGAAAUGAUCAAGUCUGGUCGUCUCGACCGACGAUACACUGGUAUCGCUGACUGUUUCCGAAGGACAACCGCUGAUGAGGGUGUUGUUGCCCUCUGGCGUGGUAACACUGCCAACGUUAUCCGUUAUUUCCCAACCCAGGCCUUGAACUUUGCUUUCCGUGACCGAUUCAAGCAGAUGUUCGGUUACAAGAAGGAUCGCGACGGUUACGCCAUGUGGAUGUUCGGUAACUUGGCAUCUGGUGGUGCCGCUGGUGCCACUUCCCUCCUCUUCGUCUACUCCCUCGACUACGCCCGUACCCGUCUUGCCAACGACGCCAAGUCCACAAAGACCGGCGGUGCCCGUCAAUUCAACGGUCUCAUCGAUGUCUACAAGAAGACCCUUGCCUCUGACGGUAUCGGUGGUCUCUACCGUGGUUUCGGUCCUUCCGUUCUUGGUAUCGUCGUCUACCGUGGUCUCUACUUCGGUAUGUACGACUCCUUGAAGCCAGUCGUCUUGGUUGGACCUCUUGAGGGAUCCUUCCUUGCCUCCUUCCUUCUCGGUUGGUGUGUCACAACUGGUGCUGGUAUUGCUUCUUACCCAUUGGAUACUGUUCGUCGUCGUAUGAUGAUGACAUCUGGUGAGGCCGUCAAGUACAAGUCUUCCUUCGACGCUUUCAACCAAAUCGUCGCCAAGGAAGGUGUCAAGUCUCUCUUCAAGGGUGCUGGUGCCAACAUUCUCCGUGGUGUCGCCGGUGCUGGUGUCUUGUCCAUCUACGAUCAGGUUCAGCUCCUCCUCUUCGGAAAGGCCUUCAAGGGUGGUUCCGGUUAA